AUGAGCGCUGAAGAAUUCCUGGCCAAUGUUGAAGGCGGCAUCCUGCCAGUGAACUGCCAUGAGGAUGUCUUGCGGAUCGCGUUUAAUUAUCUGUACGAGGUGCUGUGGACCGAGAAUGGGGUGUUCGAUGUUAUAGAGAAGCUGCACGCCCAUGGCUGGUCCUUUGGUGAGGGCGAGCUACGCUUCAAUCGUUCCCUAGAUAUAUUCUACCUCACCCAGCUAGCAGCAGCCAUCUACCGCUCUUCCUCCCAACUAGAAGGCAACUUCCCCUCCUUCUCUGAUUUCCCUACCUUCUAUAAAGCCCAUCACGCCCUCCUACACUCCUCUGUCUGGCGCUCCUACUACUCUACCGCCUUUCUCACCCAGCAUACCACAGCAUGCUUCUACCGCCUGCCUGACCUCCAGGACCUCCCUGAUUCCUCCUCCCCACUAGGCCUGCCACACCACAGUCCAGUACCCACACAUAUCCUGAAACUCCCCCGCUGGGCCUAUACUGUUUGGAAAACAUACCGCAGGCAGCCUUUUCUACCUUCUGCAACUCUUACUGUAGUAGCCCUUAGCACACUAGAGGCAACCAUGACACGCCUACACACAGCUUACCCUAGCAUACCACCCUAUUCAGAAUCACAUGCGCGCUUUUGGCUUGAUAAAUUUACUCCUGAUCCAUCUCGCCUGGCAACAGCAAAUCUCCAGGAAGCAUGGGGGCCUAAUAGCUUUGGGAUAUUAGUCGCGCAGGGAUGGUAUGAUAUACAUAGCUUAGAAGCAGAGUACCUUGCACAGGUAUCAGGGAGGGAGGUUGUUAAGGGAGCUGAUGAGUCUGAGCAGGUGAUGUGGUGCGGGUUGCCAGAUGGAGGGAUUGGACUGUAUGCGUGGUGCAGGGGCUGGGAGGAAGAGGUUGGGAGUGAGGAGGAGGUAGAGUUCCUAGCUGCUAUUGCAGUGGAGGAGACAGUUGGACUAGGACUGGAAGGAAUUCACAUGGAUAAGUUAGACUUAUCAAUCCAGUCACAUAUACUACUAGCAGUCAUGGAGGCUGCAUUGAAGGACACGCAGGAGAGGGAGCAGUUCCUGGGGGAGCUGGAGAGUCAGAUGGUGCAGAAGGGGAUUAUUGACCAGGAGAGGGCAGAGAGAUGGGUCAGGGAGGCCUUAGGUAUCAUGGAGCCGUAUGUACGCGUAUGGCAGGGCGUGUGGCCUGGUGCAGAGGAGAGAGGGAAGAUGCUGCGGCAGAUCUUGAUGGAGAAUGCGCAGCUCUUUGCACGCUGGAGAGUGUCACCUCUUUUGAAGCAGUUCACCUUUGAGCUGGGGCCGAGGAGUAAGGAAUUUAGACGAUACUGA